AUGUUCAAAUCGAAACAUUCUCACGACACACGUUCUCAUGAUGUUGUUGUGGCUCCGAUGAAAAUGAACUUGAAAUACGAAGAUAGUUCAUCCAAGCCAAGUACAUUUUGGAAAUAUCAGGAUGAAAAUGAUGAUGUAUUUCCGUUCACCAAGGAUCAAGUAAUGCAACAUGUCCAAAAAACUAUUCAUGAUAUCAAUCAGGAUGAAUCAAAACUUGAGAGAGUUUAUUAUUCUACUGUUCGAGGAAUUUAUUUGUAUGGAUCAAGAACAUUUAAAACCAAUGUUAAUGACUCAGAUUUUGAUUUUGUCUUUUUGGCUGAUGAUUUAAAGACGGAAAACUCUAGCGAGGGAGGAUUUUCUAGAAAUUCGCAAUACAUGCUACAUACAACCAUUAAAGUAAACCAUGAAAAUGGACAAGAGCUUGACUACGAUCUGGAAAUUAUGAUGAUGAACACAUUUGUGUAUUUAGAAUUGGCAUUUGCAGAAAUUCCAGUGAUUUUACUUUCAGUUCAACAACCUAAUGAAAGAUUUGUAUUAUAUGAAGAUGAAAAGAUGAAAAUAUGGAGAGAAAAUUGGAAUAAGUGGUUUUUAAGAUUACCAAGAAGCAGAAACGCAAUGCUACACGAACUGAACUUUAGCUAUAACAAGGCCAAUCGAUUUUGGAUGGCUUUACAAAAUGGUGUACACACAACUGAGCGAGCACAAAAAGAUUACUUGAAGAAAGUCAAGAAAAAUUUAGCCCAUGGCAUAAGAUUCUGUAAAUAUGGCUAUCAAAUUGUUUUUGGUGGAUGCAUUUAUGAUUAUUUGGAAACAAAUACAUUGUAUGACGAACUGGUGUUUGGAACUGAUCAUUUCACAACCUGGCAACAAUUUGAGUCAUGCACCAAGCACUUGUAUGAUCGCUGGAUGGUUGAAUACAAGGCAGAUGUAAAGGCAUUGAUGAGAGAGGCAAGAAAAAAUGGUUUGACUAUGAAGAGACAACAUCCAUUGAUUGUUUUAGACUUUUUAAACACAUUCUGUAAAAAGUUUGUAAGGAGUUCCACCUUUACGAUUGGCUCAAAUGUUGAAGACGUGCAAUAUCUUUUUGGUCCAUUCACACUCUCUCGCCUCUUUGCGAUUUCAGUCUCACCAAUUCUUCAGUCUAGCAAUGAAGUGAACAAUCCAAACAUUUCAAAAUUGUUUAAAUUUGAUUUGGACGCCACUUACCAGAGCAACGAAAAUGCUGUGAGUUUUAGAGAAAUGGAUCUAUUUUUGGAAUGUAAUGGCCUAAUUGUUGAGGUCGUUCCUUCAUCAGAUAAUGAUGACACACUAGUCACAUAUAGACCCGUUUGUGUGCCAAGAUUUUAUUUUGAAAAUUUUCAAGAUUUAGACGCUCGAUAUGGAGAAAAUUAUUCUAAUUCUAUUGAUUUAUCUAGAUAUACAAUUUUGGAAAAUCCAAGUGGAAUUCAAUGUCAGCUCUUUUAUUACAAUGGAGAGUGGAGAAUAUCAUGCAGCGAUGAAUACUCAAAGUGGUAUUUGUGGAUAAUGAAAAAAGAAUAUGAAAUAUCCAGUCAUAGCACUGAACAUCGUGUCAAACAAUUAUGGGAUGAGCUUGGAAUGCACUAUCCUAGCAUGGAGGAUACAUCCAUUAAUUUCUUCUUUGUUUUUAAAGAGAAAUCCAAAAGAAUUAUUUUCAAAGGAUGUAGAAGUCUAGAUACAUUUAAAGAACUCAAAGAUUGGAAAGAGUUUGGUAAUAAGUAUCACUGGAAAGAUCAAGUCAACACUCUCAACAUCUCAACCAUAGAAGCUUUAAUGAAUAUAGUGAAUGAUUUCAACAUUUAUCCACCAUCAGAGUAUGAAGGAGUUGAGUGUAUAGAUUUUGAGAAUAACGAACAUAGUUUCCAAAUACGCUCAUCGCUUAGAUUUCACAUACCAUUUUUAAGAUUAACGAAUACCAAUUAUAUCACAUCCCUGAUUGACCAAGAUAUUGUUAACAAUCCACCAAAUGAUUUGGUGACCUCAAAAUAUAAUCUUGAUCUCUUGGUGUCAGUUCUUUUGCAGAGUACUUUAUCAGCAGUGGAUAACAGAGAUGAGCUAGCAGUAGAGGAAUUGAAUAGAAUUUUUCUACCUCUCUACAGGAAGCUAAAGCAUUCAUACGUUAGGUUAUGCAAAAUGAUUGAUGAGUUCUACAACACCUCUUACUGA